CUUCGGGUCAAACUUGGCCCGAUCCAUUUAAUCUUUUGUGGGUGUGGUGACGGGUGGAGAUCAUGGGGUCGUUGCCGGUCCAAAUGAGCUCCGCUGCCGCUCCCGCCAAUUCUAUGCCCAACGGUCACCAACCGUCGCACUUCCCGCCGCCGUUUCCCUCCUCCCUGCUCGCUCGCUGCUCCUCCCUCCGCGAUCUCCAGCAGCUCCACGCCCUCGCCAUCAAGUACCAGCUCCACCAUCGCCCUCCCUUCGUCGCCCGCCUCAUCGCUUCCUGCCCCCCUUCCGCCUCCGACUACGCCCGCAGCCUGUUCGACCAAAUCCCCCACCCCGACUCCGUCCUCUUCAACGUCCUCUCUCGCGGCUACGCCCGCUCCCACCACCCCCUCCGCUCCGUCUCCCUCUUCGCCCAAAUGCUCCUCUCCGGAGUUGCCCCCGACGCGUACUCCUUCCCUGCCCUCCUCAAGGCCUGCGCCACCGCCAGAGCCCUGCCGGAGGGCCGCCAGGCCCACGCUGCCGCCCUCAAGCUCGGCUUAGCCGACAACGCCUACGUCCUCCCCACUCUCAUCAGCAUGUACGCCGAGUGCAGCGACCUCGACGCCGCGCGCGGAGUCUUUUGCCGGGAAGGUGCUCGAUGCGUGGUCUCCUACAACUCCUUAAUCACCGCCUGCGUCCGAAGCAGCCGCCCCGGGGAGGCGCUAGCCCUUUUCCGCGAGAUGCAGGCGAAGGCUCUCCGGCCGACCGAUGUCACUGUGCUCAGCGUCCUCUCCGCCUGCGCCCUCCUCGGCGCGCUCGAAUUGGGGAAGUGGAUCCACGAGUACGCCAAAAAGAACGGGUUUUGUUCGUUCGUGAAGGUCAACACGGCGUUGAUCGAUAUGUAUGCGAAAUGUGGGAGCUUGGACGAUGCCGUCGCCGUGUUCGACGAAAUGAGCUCCAAGGACACGCAAGCUUGGUCCACCAUGAUCGUGGCCUACGCGAUCCAUGGCCACGGCGGCCAAGCCCUCGACCUGUUCGAUGGAAUGCUGAAGCAGGGAAUAGAGCCGGACGGAAUCACAUUCCUCGGGGUGUUGUAUGCCUGCAGCCACUCCGGGAAGGUGGAGCAAGGGCUCAGCUACUUCCACAGCAUGAGGAGUCGCCAUGGCAUUGCUCCGAGCAUCAAGCACUACGGGUGCAUGGUGGAUCUGUUGGCCCGUGCUGGCCGGCUCAUCGAGGCCUAUGAGUUCAUCGACGGAAUGCCGAUGAGGCCCACAGUGAUCUUGUGGCGUGCAUUGCUGUCAGCUUGUGGAUGCCAUGGGGAUGUGGAGCUUGGCCAACAGGUGUUUGAGAGGAUACUAGAACUCGACGACACUCAUGGUGGUGACUAUGUCAUUAUAUCCAACAUGUGUUCGUCUCACGGAAGAUGGGAGGAUGCAAACCGAAUAAGGAAGUUGAUGGGUGAGAAAGGGGUGGUGAAGGUUCCCGGUUGUAGCUCAAUCGAGGUCAAAAAUACUGUGCAUGAGUUUUUCUCCGGUGAUGGUAAGCACCCCCAAUCAAGAAUGGCACACAGGAUGGUGGAUGAAGUGGUGGAGCAGUUGAAGUCAGUAGGCUAUGUCCCCGAUACCUCGCGGGUGUUUCAUGCAGACAUGGGAGAGGAGGCGAAGGCAGCAAGCCUUAGAUAUCACAGCGAGAAGUUAGCGAUCGCAUUCGGGCUUACGACGACGCCACCAGGGACGACAUUGCGCAUUGUCAAGAACCUACGGGUUUGCGGGGACUGCCACUCCAUGGCGAAGUUAGUAUCGCUGGUGUUUGACAGGGAGAUUGUUCUCCGAGAUCUCAAUCGAUUCCACCACUUCAAGAAUGGAUCAUGUUCUUGUGGAGAUUUCUGGUAGUGAAGGAAAAUUACAUUCUCA